UGUGUGUGUGUGUGCGCGCGCGCGCGUGUGUGUAUGUGUGUGAGAGAGAGGGGGGGGAGAGAAAAAAAGCAGAGAAACGAAGAAAGCGAGAGCUGUGAGCUGCAGUGUUUGACCAGGUCUGAACACGGAAUCAGGAGCACACCUUUAGACGAGGAUUGCUGCUUCACUGGCCUCCUUAAACAAGGGAUAUUUGUGGAUGACUGGACCGGAUCGUGCUGAAGCAGUGAGGAGAUCAGCAGGGAUCAGAUCCGACAGGGAAUGUUCUGUAUGGAAUUAACCCGCCGAGGAGCUUCAUUCAUGUGGCCGUAGAGUCGGAAUUGGUUUCAAAGUCCGAAACGCGCGAGAACGUUCGCUUAACUUCAUUUUUCUAUGAUUCCAAUAGGUUUUUUUUAUUAGUUUGAGGUUGAACCUGUUUUUGUCUCGGGUCAGUGUAAAUCCUGCGCGCUGUUUACUUAUUGUCUAACAACAUGAACUAGUGCAUUUAAACACAUGAACUCAAGUAGUUGCGUUUUACUUGUGCGUGUCUACGCACGACUGACGGCAUUCACUUUUGAAUGUAUUGGAUUUUCAGUGUAGCAUUGCACUUAAUUUACACUUUGUAUAUUUUAAUGCUACAUAAUAACGUGCCUUUAAAGCCCAUGUUGUGGUUUUGUUCCCGACCCACGGUGCUCUGCUGUGCGCGCGCUGCACCGCGCUCGGCCAACCUUAAUGUUGCACAAGCUGAUAAACAGUUGUGAAACCCUGCGAUUGGAACAGAAUUAAAAAACAAAACACACACAUUUUUAAAUUGUCGUAUGUUCAGGACGAAACACUCAGGUCUCGUGCGGCGACUCUGGAGAAGCCGUUUGGUUCCAGAUAACGAGGAGGGUGACGGCAAUGGCAAGAGCGGGGACUGCUGUCGGGACGAUGUCGGCGAACAUCCAAAAAAAAUCGGCAAAACCGAGUUCGGAGCGAUGACCCCGAGCGGCGCGGCCGGUGCGGAGCUCGGUGUGGGAGUGUGUUCCAGCGCCGGCUGGGGGGUGACUUUGGAUCAGCGCGGCGGCGCCGUGGUGUGUGUUCCGGAGCGGGGAAGCCCCAGGUCGGCGCAGGACAUCGACAGCAGGACGGUGACGUGCUGCUUGUUCAAAGACCGGGACUCUUCCGGACCCGGAAGUUCGGAAGCGGCGACUGUGGCUCGUGUGAAAGACCCGACCACGGGUCAGUGGGCGCCUCGGAGCCCUGGCAGCUCCUCGGUCGAGAGUCCUGAGGCGAAACGGCGCUCCUUGGCGGAGCAGGAGCUAAAGGCCGCCACGUACUCGUUGCUUAAACGGCUAAAAGAGAAGACGCUGGAUGCGCUGGUCGAAGCUGUGGAGUCCCGAGGCGGAGUGCCGAGCGAGUGUGUGAUGGUGGCUCGGGGAGAGCUGCGUCUGGGCGCUCACGCAGCACCGCCGCAGCUUCUCGUGUGUAAGCUGUACCGAUGGACCGACCUGCAGCACACGGCGCAGCUCAAAGCGCUCUACGAGUGCAAGAGUUUCGGCGGACGCGAUGGACCGCUAGUCUGCUGCAACCCCUAUCAUUACAGCCGCCUGUGUGGGCCAGAGUCGCCGCCUCCUCCUUACUCAAGGCUUUCCCCUAGUGACGAACACAAGCCACUGGAUCUGUCAGAUUCCACACUGUCUUACACUGAAAUGGAGGCUGUCAGCUCACCAAACAUCACCCAAGGGGAAUUCUCAGAUGCCAGCUUGUCUCCGGACGCCCCUAAGCAGAGCCACUGGUGCAGCGUGGCAUACUGGGAACACCGGACACGGGUGGGUCGCCUCUACCCAGUGUAUGAGCCCUCAGUGAGCAUCUUCUAUGACCUACCUCAGGGCACGGGCCUGUGCCUGGGCCAGCUGGGCGGUGAGCAUCGUGGUGGCACUGCACAGCGCACGCGCGGCAAAAUCGGCUAUGGCCUGCUGCUCAGCAAAGAGCCAGACGGUGUGUGGGCUUACAAUCGUAGCCAGCACCCCAUCUUCGUUAACUCACCAACGCUGGAGGCACCAGGAGGUCGCGGCCUGCUCGUACGCAAGGUCAUGCCCGGAUACUCGAUCAAGGUGUUUGACUACGAGCGCUCAGCUCGGCUGCUGCUGCGCCACGAGGCCGAGCUUGCGCUACCGGACGGCCCAUACGACCCCAACAGCGUGCGCAUCAGCUUUGCCAAGGGCUGGGGACCAUGCUACUCACGCCAGUUCAUCACCUCUUGCCCCUGCUGGCUCGAAAUCCUCCUCAACAACCAUAGAUAACACACAAACAAAUAGACACUGAGAGCCAGUCACAGACUCAGAGCCAAAAGAUGCACCCAGAGACUGGACACAACCCACAAACUAUCCCAAAUAUCAUCUACUUAGAUUUAAUAUAAAGUUUUAUAUAUUAUAUGAAAUAUAUAUUAUACUUGUAAAUACUGGAGUCAUUUUUACAAUGUAAUUAUUUAUGUAUGGUGCAAUGUGUACAUGGACAAGUGGAAAAGAAACAGAAAUGCACUUUGGCUUAUAUAUAUUAUAUAUAUAUAUAUAUAAAAUAUCUAUAAAGAUAAAGAAUUUUUCAAUACCAUUUUGAAAAAUUAUACAGCAAAAUUAGAUAAACCUGAUUUUGGUGUAUAGUUUUUACAUAUUACUAAUAUCCAGACAAAAAGCUAACACCGUUCACACAUUGAUAAUAAAGUAUUCGCAUAAUAUUUGUCUGGAACUGCUCACUUCUUUCCUAAAUGAAAGUCAACCAUUUUCAUUUAUAUCACCAUCACUAUACUAUAGUGCUUUCAGUGGGUGUGUGCAAUGUACUACCUGUGUGAAUAUGCUUCAGAAGGUGUAUACUGCGGGUGGAGUGGCCCACAGGCACCAAAGAGUCUGGCAAAUAAAAGAAGCCAGUGUGAAAGUA